UGGGCCCUUAGCCGCGAUAAUAACACAAUUUAAUAGUAGUUGAAGUACUAAUACGUAAAGUAUCAAGGGUUUUAGGCGUUCCAUCCAGCACCAUCCAGGAUCUCCCUUGUAAUUCCUAAAUCCGUCUCUUCUUCCGCCGGCGCCGGCGAGGCAAACCAGUCCAAAACCCUAACAGCCCCGCUCUAUUCGUUUGCCAAGAUGAGGUCAAUCCGAGCGGCGCAAGCUCUGGCCUCCCGCUCGCUGCUCCUCUCCUCGCGCGCUCUCCAUGGGGACGCCGCCUCCACGGCGGCGGCCGCGGCGGGCGGCGGGAGAUUGGGCGUCCAGCCGUCGCCCCCAUCCCAGGCAUCAUCAUCAUCAUCCUCGCGGGCCAUGCCAGCUGGAAUCGCUGGGGCGGUCUCCUUCUCCCUGACCUUCGCGACGAUGGCGGCGGCGGAGGCCAAGGAAAGGCCGCCCAUGGAUCUGCUGCCGCAGAACGUGGUGCUGUACCAGUACCAGGCCUGCCCCUUCUGCAACAAAGUCAGAGCUUUCCUAGACUAUCAUGAUAUACCCUACAAGGUUGUGGAAGUUAAUCCAUUGAGCAAGAAGGAAAUCAAGUGGUCUGAGUACAAGAAGGUCCCAAUACUGAUGGUAGAUGGUGAACAGCUGGUUGAUUCAUCAGAUAUAAUCAAUAUAUUACAGCAAAGGGUCCGCCCUGAUGAUAAAGCCACUAAUGAAGAGGAAGAAAAAUGGCGCAGGUGGGUUGAUGAGCACCUUGUGCAUGUCUUGUCGCCAAAUAUAUAUCGGACAACUUCAGAGGCCUUGGAAUCUUUUGAUUAUAUUUCAAAACAUGGCAACUUCAGUUUUACUGAGCGGUUUGCUGUGAAGUAUGCUGGUGCUGCAGCAAUGUACAUGGUGUCUAAGAAGCUAAAGAAGAAGUACAAUAUAACUGAUGCGCGUGCUUCAUUAUACGAUGCUGCCAACACAUGGAUGGAAGCCCUUGAUGGAAGGGAUUUUCUAGGUGGCUCCAAGCCUAACUUGGCAGAUCUUGCAGUAUUUGGUGUUUUGAGACCUAUCCGAUACUUGACAGCUGGAAAAGAUAUGGUUGAGCAUACACAAAUUGGUGACUGGUACCAACGUAUGGAAGAUGCAAUUGGAGAACCAUCAAGAAUCCAGGAGUAGAACGAAAUUAGUAGAAUUUCUUUUUGCCUCUUCAAGUCUUUGACCAUUUCAAACGGAAGGAAGUAUAUGCUUUAGACAUUGAAAUUAUUGAAGUUUUGCAGAAUGUGUGACAAUGUAAUAAUGUGACAUCAUAUAUUUAGUACACAGAGAAUUGAACAUGAAAAAGAAGGAACUCGAACUUCCUGUUUUGGUUUUAAAUCAUUGUACGGCUGUUUGUAUCUAACUUUUCCAAGUCGCGACGUCAUUAUUUCGUUCC